AUGACGUCGGCACUCUCAAGCCAACAUGUCCAUGCGCCCGUCUUUGUGCCUUCAGGCAGCGCAGCACCCAGCCCAAAGCCAGCGCAGGCAAGAUUGCCCACGGAUCUAGUCAAUGCGCCUGUCUUCGUGCCAAAGUCUUCAGCCGCCGCGCCCGCAUUCGUACCCGCGAGCGAACGCAAAGUCGGCUCAUCCUCUUUGGCGUUCAAUCCAACCGCAGAAUUUGUGCCACGUUCAGCAGCAAGUCAGACGGAGGACAGUACAGGACAGACAGAGGCAACGUCGCACGCGCAAGACUAUGACGCGCACUACCUGGACGCAACAGACGCAGGACUGGACUAUUAUGGCAACGGUCUCGGUGCACUGUCGGCCAACGCUGCGCAGACAAGGUUCACACGACAGCCUCUGAAUUAUCAUCUCUACGCGCCGGCGCUACCCCAUGUCGCCAAUCUCACGCCACAGCAACAGGCAGUAUGCGGAUUCUUCAUGUCGCCUACACUACGAGAAGACCUACACCUGAAAUCUGACGCGAUAGCUCAAGGCAUCAGCCCGGGUGAAGGCACCGAGAUCGGCGGGUAUUGGGGCUUUAUUCCCCUCGAUACGAACUUUGGUAGACAGACUCCGAGAGAGGGACAAUCGCCCAAAGGCUUCUUUGGACACAAGACAUGGGUAUACAAAGCAGGCCAUGAGGCUGAUGGCCGAUACUACGCUUUACGACGGGUCGAAAACUUUCGAUUACCACACGAAGCAGCUCUGACCGUCGUAGAAAAGUGGAGAAGGAUAGCGCACCCUAAUAUCGUGGGAAUACGAGAAGCAUACACGACUCAUGGCUUUGGCGACUCCUCCUUGAUCUUUGUGUAUGACUUUCACCCGCUGGCGAGUACGCUGCACGAUCAUCAUCUUUUGCCCAAACCGCCGGUAAUGCGACCAAACGGUCGUUUGGGCCCGGCAUCGACGCAGAUUCCCGAGCGUGUCUUGUGGUCAUACAUCAUCCAGAUAUCUAGUGCGAUACGAGCAGCGCAUACAGCGGGACUUGCCUUGCGGACAGUCGAGAUCUCGAAGAUAUUACUCACGGGCAAGAAUAGGCUAAGGGUCAAUUGCUGCUCGAUGUUUGACGUUCUCAGAUUCGAGAAUGACGCCUCUCUCGAGAUGCAGCAACAGGAGGACUUGUUUGAUCUUGGGAAACUUAUCGUCACGCUCGGAUGCACUUCCCUCUCGGCCGUACACAAUCUACCGCGCUCGCUAGAUCAUCUCAGCAGGCAAUACUCGAACGACAUCAAGAACCUGGUUUUGUUUCUGUUUGGGAAACCAGAACCGCGCAAGAACAUCGAUGAAGUACUAGCGAUGAUCGGGCCACGUCUACUGGACGAUCUGAAUGCAUCUCAAAGGCGAGUGCCUCGACAAGCUUACAGCAUACUGUGCUUACAGUUACGCAGCGAAAACGACUUACUUGAGACGGAGCUCAUGCGCGAGCUCGAAAACGCGCGACUGGUUCGGCUGCUGUGCAAAUUUGGCUUCAUCAACGAAAGACCAGAAUUCGAUCAUGACCCACGAUGGUCAGAGACCGGCGAUCGGUACCUCAUCAAGCUCUUCCGUGAUUAUGUCUUUCAUCAAGUCGAAGAACACGGUCAUCCUGUCGUCGAUCUCUCACAUGUCCUGACCUGCCUCAACAAACUCGAUGCGGGCGUGGACGAGAAGAUGACGCUCGUCUCGCGCGACGGACAGAGCUGUCUCAUCGUCAGUUAUCGAGACCUCAAGCAAGCCGUCAACGCUGCGUUUAGAGACUUGGCACGAUGA